GAGAAACGGCAGACGAGGAUAGGAAGAGUGACUGAGAGGAUAGAGAGCAUCUGAGAGAGAGGGUUCGCAUGCAGGACAGCAGGCAGACGUUGGAUAGCUUUUUUUUUUUUUUUACUUCCACCACAACUGCUACAGCGGAGGAGAUGCUUAUGUGAGGAGAGCAAUUGAUUGUGCAUAGUAAGCAAGAAGCUUUCUUCCUUUGUACUGAUAAAAAGCAGGAAUUAAUGAAUUGCUGCAUCUUAGAGUGUCUCAUCAUGGACGACUCUAGGGAACCUACUGAAUAGAUCUCAGCACUGCAUCAUGGUUCAGCAAAGAACCCACAAAUACUCAUCAGUCAUGGAUGGCAAUUCUACCAGAGAGGUCUUUGUGGGACUGGCGGCAGAGGAUGAUGCUGAGGUGUUUGGACAUGUACCUUCUAACAAAGACCCCAACUGGUGCAAAACUCCAACUGGGCACAUCAAGAGACCAAUGAAUGCUUUUAUGGUCUGGUCCCAGAUUGAGAGACGGAAGAUCAUGGAGCAGUGGCCUGACAUGCACAAUGCUGAAAUUUCAAAGCGCCUUGGAAAGCGCUGGAAACUACUGCCUGAUUAUGAGAAGAUACCCUUCAUCAAAGAGGCUGAAAGGUUGCGUCUAAAGCACAUGGCUGACUAUCCUGACUACAAGUACCGGCCCAGGAAGAAGAGUAAGUGCUCCACUCCUGUGAAACUUAGAGAGAAGUUGCCUAUGAAAUCCAGCAAGUCCCAUUCAGGAAGAUCUACUGGGCUCUCCUGCAAAGGGCUAAAGAUCAAACCCGCUUCUACCAAGCCUAAAAUGAACUUUAAUGGCAAUAAAUAUAAGAGCUACAGCGAGAGCAUGAGUGAUGACGACAUGAUGGAUGUAAACAUAGAAAGUCCAGUGACUCUGCAAGAUGAUCACAACCCGUCAAGUCACUUUGUCCUUCACCAGCAGGCUACCAUUCCCUCUGAGGACCAGCAACCAGUUCCUGAGCUCAGAGUGAAAGUGCCCAUCUCUCAAACCAGCAGCAUCCAGAGUCUCUCCUCGGAUAAUGAGUGCCAGGCACUCCCGGAGUGCACAACGAGCGAGCCACGAGGGUCGACUUCUGGAAGAUCCUCCACUCCAACCUCAACCAGCUCCUCCUCUUUGGUGUCAUCAGCUUGUUCGGAUGAGGAAUUGGACGAGGAACUCUUGCAUAUCAUUUCUAACAGUAUGCCUAUGGACUGCUCCGCUCUGGACAAGGACUUCGAAGCAUUUCAUGCUAACUCAGGAUCCCAUUUUGACUUCCCAGAUUACUGCACUCCAGAGGUGAAUGAAAUGAUUUCUGGGGACUUGCUCGUGCCCAGCAUCUCAGACCUAGUGUUCACCUACUAAAGUCGAGCCCUCUGUAAUGUGGUCAGGCCUGCAUAGCUGCCAAUUUGAAAAUAUUUUGUCCAUGUUGUACUUGGACAAUUCCUUUUUUCCAUGUGUUUAUUUUUCUCACUGAAUUCCAUAAGUGCUAUUGCUUUCCUUUCCAAGCAUGUCACAUCUUGUUAGUUUAGCUAACAGACACACAGGGCUUUGCAGAGCUGUUCAGGACAUUAAGACAUUCAGAUUUUGUUUAGCUCUUCAGAGGCAGUUGGGUGUAGUUCUUAAGACACAGUACCUGAUGGGCAGCAGUUAGAGGCAAGGAUUUAUAUCAAUUUAAAGGGACAAUUCACCCAAAAAAGAAAAUUCGGUCAUCAUUUACUCAUCUACAUGAAUUACUUUCUUCACAAAAUACAAAAGAAGAUACUUUGAAGAAUGUGUCAGCUGUUUUUGU